CCUCCGCAUGUCUUUCAAGAUUUAGACUUGUGUCUCUUUUGGAUGUGGUAGUGGCCAGAGAGUGCUGCUAACUGCCAGGUGUGCGAAGUACAGUAUCACAUUCACAGGAUCUUGAGCAUCAAUAAGAAGGAUCAUGGAGGAAUAUGAUCACCCCAUAUUUACGUGGUUCCCAAGGAAAGAGGAUUAUGAAGCGCCUCCAACCAUUUUGGUCACGGAGAGCAUCCAAGAGAAAGUGGCUCGUCUUUUGGACACCAUUCAGAACAAUCAGGCUAACAUCAAGGAGAUCGUGGAUGGAGACUCGGUGGGCAUAGAGGAUAAGAUCUUCCGUACCAUGGACCUACGACAGGAUAUGGACGACCUAGCCAACCUGCACAAAGAGUGCGAAUCUAGUCCCAUGGGCAAGAACUUCCAAGAGGAUCUCAAGAAAGCCAAAGUGGGAAUGAUGAAUUUAAAGGCCUAUCUGACUCAAGUGGACACGAUCGAGUUCGCCACGGCCAUUCGCAACGAGUUCCAGUUCGAGAUCGGCCGACAUCUGAUUUUCGUGCCUUGGUUGAACGAAGCGGAGAUCAAGAUUCGGGAUGUGACCGAGAAGCCCAAAUCGUUCGAAGAAGCCCGUGAGGCCGAGCAAAAUGCUUGCCUGGCCCUGAAAAGUGUGGUCAAGGCCAAUAACACAUUGAAGCUCGUCCAAGCCGCCUGCGAUGGAGUCAAAGGAGCCAAUGUGAAAGUCAAAGAAGACAUGGCCAGAAUGCAAGAGCGAUACUACGUGCUUUGCAAGCGCGCUGAGCAAAAAGUGAAAAACAUCCAACACCUGCUGGUGGAAUGGAAGCGAAUGGAAGAUCUUUUGAUCCCCACGAACCUUUCUGAAAAGGACGACUACAUACCCAAACAAGUCUUGAUAUUUCUAAGAACCUACGCCUUGUAUUUCUCGUGAAUGAGUGAGCGAAGAUAAUGAUGCUGAUCAUGAGCCUUGUCUUUUUUUAUUAUCGUUUCAUCCCUUUUUGAAUAAACCAAUCUAUGAUUA